UGCUCAUUGAAGACGGCGGCUGUGUGUCAGACAGUCCUGCAUAUUUGUAAGAAUUUAUUUAUAUCUGCACACACUUCCCGAACUGGCUCCACCUGACUUCGGUCUCUUCAGUGAAAUCUGAGUGACUGGGUCCGUGCACUAGUGGGCUCAAUACAAAAUGCAGCCCCCUCCACGGACGGGACCUCCAGGAGCCUCUGGCCCUCCUCCUGCUGGGCCUAAUAUGUUCCGUAGGCCCAAGGCUCAGAAGUAUCCAGCAGCAACAGCAGCAGCAGCAGCAACACCCACACCCACAAUGCCUCCUCCAACCCAGCCCAUGACAGAUCCAUUUGCUUUCAGUAGAACUCCUCCCCCGUUGGCUGCAGGUGGUCUGCCAGCAGUACCGAACGAAAACCUUCCACAAAUGCAAGCCCCUCCCAAUGCCAUGUAUCCUCAUCCUGGAUCAGGACUACCUCCACAGCCACAGACACUGGAGAAUGUUCCAGCUGCGCUACCUGGUCUUCCACCAUCGUCUCUGCCAGGGGUGGCCCUUUUCAACCCCCACAACGUAGCCUCCCCUGGUGUUUUCCCAAUGCAAAGUCAUCCAGGUGGUUAUGCACCCUCAAAUAGGGAACAGGGGUAUUUUAAUUCAAGAGAUCAAACACCAUCUGCGUCAAUGGAGUCACCAGCUAUGGCUACAGCCGCAACACCUGGUCAGACACAUUUUAACCAGGAUUUUCAAGGACAGCCUCCUCCUCAUCAUCCUAUCCCCUUUCAGCCUCUGCCUCCUUCCGCUUCUUCUCAGUGGGCCCCUGAUCAUACAAGUCGCCCUCCUUCGGUUCAAAACUAUUUCCAGCCUACUAGUGAUCUUCCACCGCAGCCUUUAAAUCCAGAUCCACAGCUUCAAAUGUACCCCUCUCACAGUCAGUCACCCCAUAACAAUGCCCCCACCCAUGCAACACAACCUGGACAUGUCCAGAAUCCAAACCCUGUAACGUCUCCUAAUGAUCAGUGGCAAGACCCAAAUAGACCCCAACACCACAACUCUCAUUUCCAAACUCAGAGUUAUUUCAGUCAGAGCUCUGCCCCCCAAGAGUCAUGGUUCAAUCAACCUCCACAGGACUCAUGCUACCACCAAAUGGGAACUGGCUUUGGCCAUCCUCAGCCUCUGACUGAUUCUGCUGGACCUGGAUCUGUGCCUGGGCCAGGGCCUGGACCUGGGCCUGGGCCUGCCUCUGCCCCUACUACAGAUCCAGACUACCAGGAGUCUGGUACACUCUCAAUGUUUUUCAAAGACAGUGGUGUGGAAAAUGAGGAAUCACUUGCUGGAGAGAGAAAUAAGUCAGUAAAUGGCGUUCCUGGAUCUUUUCAGCAUCACGGGAACCCACAGGCCCACAGUAGCCAUGUGGAUCUUUCAUUGGAUUACCAAGAAGCCCCUCCUCAAGAUCUUUCACAGCUACCGUAUAUGAAUGAUGGCAGUCAUCCGUCACCUGCAAGUACCCAAAAGCCUCUGGAUACCCAGUUCGACCAUGAAGAGAAUUUGGAAUGCGUCCCAAACCAGGAAGUAUUACCCAGUGAAACCCUCAGCAAUCCAGCUGCUAUUGCACCACAUGGAAUAGACCUGUUUGAAACCGGGCCCAACCUGGAAACUCCAGAUUCAAUUCCAAGACCUGUGAGAUCCGCAAGUGUGUCAUCCAACUACAGCAACAUGAGCCAUGGAAGUGGAACUGGCACUCGUAGGCACCAGGGAGUCAAAGGCACUUUUAUUCAGCAGGAAAGCCCACGUCUCACUGAAGAUCCUAGCCUGUCUGGUGCUACUGGAGGCUACUUUGAGCAGAUUGAUACUUCUCCAGCGGGAGAUACAAGUGUGCAACCGAGCCCCGUAGAGCAGAUGUGGCUUCCCACACCAAGUCCUCCCAAACCAACUGGGAUUUUUCAAGCUAGUGCUAACAGCUCUUUCGAACCGGUGCGUUCACAUAGUGUUGGUGUGCGUCCUGCUGAGGUUGAUAAGGCUAAAAUGGUAGUAGAAGGGCGAACCGAUGGCACAGCUGGAAAUUUAGAGCAACCACCAGAUAAUAUGGAAAAUAUCUACGGCUCAGGGCACCUCCCGCCCGCUACUGCUGGAAGUGGAGCACCUCAUCUCACACACCCAGGUAUUCCUUCUCAUUCUCGGCCUUCAUCCCGUGCAUUUGGGGCCAGUCGGCCUUGUGAGAGCCCUGCCACUACUCUGUGGGCUCAGAAUGACCCUGCGAGCUUGGGUGCUAACAUCCUCCUUGCUCCUGCUGCUCCAGCAGUUUUGCCCCCCUUACGAGAACCUAGUGCUGAUGUCAUCCAGCCUCCGGAAGAUGGCCCAUUGGACCUGCAGCCCGCCCAAAGAAUCCAGCCGGUUUCUCAGCCACACUCAGAAAACCUAGAGAACCCGCCAAAGGUGAGUGACGCAGAGCCGGCUGACUCUCAAGGCAACCUGGGCUACGCGUCUCUCCUUGUAUCCGGCUCGCUCCAUCAGCCUGUUUUAAUUGCCCCGCCUGUAUCCAAUUACAGUGUGAUUCCUCCCGCUACUCCUGCUCAGUCGUCCUUUCAGAGUAGUCACAUGGAAACUACACAACCUGAAAACUCCAUUACACAGGGACAGGGCGCCAGUAUCUCCCAACCACCUACUGAUCAAAAUCCACUCCUGUCUCCUGCACCGAUUACUUUGUAUUCUUCCACCUCAAAUCAGGGACCGCUUAAUCUGACACGAAAUAAUACCAUAGAUUCAACAUCAGAAAUCCAGUCUGGGCCGCAGUCUCAACCAAUCCAUCCUCCUCUUACAAGGGGCCAAUCAUCAAGUGGAAAUGUCCACUCUGCUGUCCAAGUUAAUUCACAACCUUCUUCUCUCAUGACUCCUCUUGUCUCCAAUCAUAAUCUAUCAUCAAAUUUUGAACUGCUUGAUUUUUCUAUGCAUCAAUCGCACCCUCCAAGCCAAGCGCCUGGCCCGCCUUCUUCUCUUCAUGAACCUUCACAGUCUAGUAAUGGAUUUUACCUGCAGGUCACCAAUGAUGCACAGCAGCGGUCACGUGUGGAAGGGAAUACUUCCACCCAAACCCCAGCCUCUUCAUCCACCCCACAAAUUCCACCAGCAGCCUCCCAAGCAGCUGCAAACACCCAGAACACUUCAAGUGAACCUCCUAUGACAACAGAGUCUCACGCUUCUCUGCAGGGACAAAAAGCUGCUCCUUCUGUUCCUGUGAGUGAAGCACAACCUUCUUCAGCUCCAGUGCAGGGGCCCGCUGGAGGGAGGACCCCUGUUCCUGAUCCCGCAUACCCUCCAGGGCCACAAGGCUCAUUGCCUCCAGGGGCUUCCCAGCCAGCUCCAACAGAGCCUGCUCGACCACCUUCCUCUGCAGGCAGCCAUCAUGGUUAUGGACCUCCUCCUGCCACACCAGGCCAGGCUUACAGUGGAUAUUAUGGCAAUUAUGGAGAAUACCAAGAUGGCAGAGCAAUGUAUCCUCCUGGCCAAUACCCACCUCCACCUGGGGAUCCAAGAACACAGCCAUAUUAUCAAGAGGGUCCGUAUCGGGGCAGAGCAGAUCCUUGGUAUGGCAGAUAUGAGGGGCAGACUCCAGGUUACCGUGAUCCAAACUACCAGUACAGGGAGCCUCAACCUGAUCGGCCCAGUUCAAGGACCAGCCAGUACUCCGACAGACCCUCGUCAAGACAAGGCUAUCCUGAAGAUAACCACCGUGCAAACCGGAGUGCCUAUAAUGAAUAUUAUGCAGACUAUCCAAAGCACUAUGAUUAUGGAGCAUACAACUAUGGACAAUAUGACCCCCGAUACAGAGGAUACUAUGAUCAGUCCUACUGGUCUUAUUACGAUGAAGCGUACAAAAGCAGCUACUAUAAUCAACAAGCGUAUCCUGCCAGGAAAGAAGGCUAUGAGGACCAGUGGCGGUACUAUCCUGGUUACGAUUCCAGUUUCGAUGAGGAAAACCGCCGUAGUAGAGACGCGUAUGGUGAUGACUUUGACCGACGCAGCAUCCACAGUGAACAGUCGGCACACAGUGUGCACAGCUCCCACAGUCACCACAGCAGACGGAGCAGCUUCAGCUCACGAUCACAACAGAGCCAGGUGUACAGGAGCCAGCCUGACUUGGUGUCUGCAGUUUAUGACGCUUCACAGUCUACUCUGGCUGCAGACUAUUCCUAUGGGCAGUAUCCAAAUCAGACCGAUGCCUCGCAGAACUACAGCCAGUACAUCUAUCCCUCAGAUUAUACUGCGGACAGCACGUGGAUCGCUCCUGAGCAACCUCCCCCUCGUCCUGCAACUCCAGAGAAGUUCACAAUGCCCCACCGCUGUGCCCGUUUUGGACCUGGUGGUCAUCUGGUUCAGAUUCUGCCUAAUCUCCCCUCAGCUGGACAGCCAGCUCUGGUUGAUAUUCACAACAUGGAGACGAUGCUCCAGGAUACCUCCGAUCAGGGUGAACUACGAACUUUCCCUGGCCCUCUUAUAAAGGAGGAAACCCAUAAGGUGGAUGUGAUAAAAUUCUCCCAGAACAAAGCACUGGAGUGUGCCCGUGACAACAACCUCUUGGACAGAGACUCUUCCCGCCUGCUCUGGGACUUCAUUGUACUGCUGUGUAGACAGAACGGGACGGUUGUCGGCACAGACAUCGCGGAUCUCUUACUGAAGGAGCAUCGCUCAGUGUGGCUACCGGGCAAAAGUCCCAAUGAAGCAAACUUGAUUGAUUUUAAUAACGAACCCCUGGCACGAGCUGAGGACGAGCCAGGGGCUGGGCCGAUAUCGCUUCUGUCGGACACUUUUAUGGUCGUUCCAGAAAAUGUUGGCAGGGAAACCGAACGCUUCAGGGAACUGCUGCUAUUUGGCCACAAAAAAGAUGCACUAGAAGCAGCCAUGAAGGCAGGUCUCUGGGGUCAUGCCCUGCUGUUGGCUAGUAAGAUGGACAACAGGACUCACGCACGUGUCAUGACGAGGUUUGCCAAUAGUUUGCCCAUGAAUGAUCCUCUCCAGACAAUAUACCAACUGAUGUCAGGAAGAAUGCCUGCAUCAGCCACUUGCUGUGGAGAGGAGAAGUGGGGUGACUGGCGUCCUCACCUUGCCAUGGUGCUAUCAAACCUAACGCACACCCUAGAUCUGGACACUCGCACCAUCACCACCAUGGGUGACACUCUUGCUUCUAAGGGAUUGACUGAUGCUGCUCAUUUCUGCUACCUUAUGGCCCAAAUUGGUCUGGGAAUUUUCACAAAGAAAAGCACCAAGAUGGUCUUGAUUGGCUCCAAUCACAGUUUUUCCUUUAGACAGUUUGCCACCAAUGAAGCAAUCCAGAGGACUGAGGCGUAUGAGUAUGCUCAGUCGCUCGGUUCCAAGACUUGCUCACUGCCUAAUUUCCAGGUGUUCAAGUUGAUCUAUGCAUGCCGCCUGGCUGAAGCAGGACUGUGUGCCCAGGCCUUUCACUACUGUGAAGUCAUCUCCAAGACCGUCCUUACACAGCCCUCUUACUAUUCUCCUGUGUUGAUCAGCCAGAUCAUUCAGAUGUCGGAAAAGUUGCGAUUCUUUGAUCCACAACUGAAGGAAAAGCCAGAUGAGGGGUUGUUUAUUGAGCCUGAGUGGUUAAUUCAGCUCAGACAGCUGGAUGGACAGAUUAAGACCGGUGUGAUCACGUUCAGCAUGGCGAGAAGAACUCCGACUCAAUUUGACUGCAGCAGUGAAAGUUCUGACUUGGACCAACAGACUCCUCCUGAACCUUACAGCAUGCAGUUGGAGGUGGAUGGCCCAGCCCCUGACAACCCACUCAUGAGCUCAUUACUGCCUGGGCCUCCACCACAAGCAGUGCAGUUGAUGCCUCCAGCUCCCACUUCCAUCCUCCAAGAUGGGAUGGCUCCUCCUCAUCUCUUACCCUCCGGUGAUGUUCCCCACUUCUACCCAGUACCCCCUAGUGGACCACAAGGCCAGAUCCCUAACCCCGGUUACCCUCAGCAGGAUCAUGCUUUUGUGCCUCCCUCCUUCCAGCCUCAAUCUGAGCAGUCGGAGAUGUAUCCAGGAGCCCAUCAGCAGCCCUGCCCUCCUCCUCAAGUUGGCCAAAUGACACCACACAUGCUUCCUUCACAAAUGCCACAUUCACCUGUGCAGAUGAACCCUCCACCAUUUCAGAUGCAGCAGCACAUGCCACCCUCUCCUGGUCAUAUGCCACGGAUGGAGCAGCCAGCCCAGCCUUUCCUAGAUAUGCACACUGGUCAAACAAUAUCAUCCUCCCCUCCCAGGGGCUCUUUCACACCUCAAAUGGACUUGUAUGACCACUUGGCAAGCACGGUACCUGGGAGAACACGGACUACUUCACAGUCUUCAAUGCAUAUGGCAUCAGGACGCAGCUCUCGCAGAGCCUCUGAGUCGUCUACGCACUCCGGUGGAAGAGAGCGGAGCAACUCUGCUGUGAAGCAAUCCUCUCCUCCCCCACCCUCGAUUCCUGAACAACCUCGUAAAGAGGAGGCCAAGAAAGCAAAGAAGGACUCCCCAAAAAAGAGUCGUGGCUUGCUGGGGUGGUUCUUUGGGAAGGGGAAGAAUGAAGCUCACUUGCCAGAUGAUAAAAACCCAUCCAUUGUGUGGGAUGAACAGAAGCAGAAAUGGGUUGACUUGAACGAGCCUGAAGAGGAGAGACAGCCCCCUCCUCCACCUCCCUCUGGUUUUCCCAAGAUGCCUCAGAUGCCUGGUCCUGGUGGCCCUGGUGGUCCAGCUGCUCCACCAAACAGCGGACCUCCAGUAAACAUGUUCUCCAGGAAGGCAGGUACUAGGAGCAGAUAUGUUGAUGUUCUGAACCCGAGUUCAACUGCUAAACCAAGCGGAUUGGCCCCUGCUCCAACAGACAUCUUUGCUCCUUUGGCACCAAUGCCCAUGCCUGCUAAUCUAUUUGUGCCUACUUCAGCUCCUGAUGAUCAUCAACCUCUGGAGGGCAGUGAAGGAGGAAAUCAUGAGCAAAAUUCACCAAACAUAAACGCUGCUGCGCAGAUGUUCAACCCAACGUUGUUGCCCCCUGCUUCAGAAGGUCCUCCUAUUCCUGAUAACUCUCAGUCUGGGGAGCUUUCACGUUCUAGCUCAAUGAGUUCUUUAUCACGCGAAGUGAGUCAGCAUUUAAACCAGAGUCACCCUCCCCAGGGAGCUCCACCCGCUGGGGGCGUCACCUUUUAUAACCCUGCACAGUUUGUACAGCCAAGUGCACCAUCAGGAGGUGGACUGCGCUCUGGCCGGUUGGGAGGACAGCGCCAGUACCCGGUGUUGAAGUGAAAGUCUCCAGCAAAGAGAUUUGCGUGAUCAAACUUGGACAGAGUUGGCUCAUCGUUGGGAAUAAAUGAAGCACACGGACGUUCUUCUCUCUGUCUUAAGGACUUUGUUUUGCCUUCACUUUAGAAGAGCGUAAUCCCAUCAUGUUGGCAUUUGUCCAACAGUUUAACCACUUCUUUUUUCCUAAGCCCAGUAGAUGUCACUGAUGCAUUUUUAACUGGCACAGUGUCUCCUUGAAGGGCUAACUCCUGCGUCCAACAGGAAACGGAAUUGAAAACUGAAUUUUGUGACGCGUAAAGCGUCAUCAGUGGAUGCAUUCAUUCAGAAACUAUGUUCUUGUAGGUAUAAUUACAUGUACAGUAAAUGCUCCACAAAACUGCCCAGCUUCCCCUCAAAUCUAACUCUGUUAACAGAUUGAUCAUCCCACAUUAACAUUUCUCCGUCUGAUGUGCCCGUAUGUGUCCAUAUGUCUUGUCUGUAUGAGUGAAGGAUAAAAAGAAAGUGGAAUCUUUUUAAUUUCAUCUUGCAGACUCGUAUGUGCAGCUGCUCUGUUCUUCAGUUAAUUGGAGAUGGCAUUUUGUGUGAGAUUGAUAAGUGUCCAUACUGCUUUGUCUUGCUGUGCUUAACUUUUCUUUCGUCACUGCUGAAAAGAAAGCGUAUUGGUUGAAACAAAAAGUCUGCAGUGUGGAAAUGCCGCUCAUUUCAGAUAUUUAUUUGAAUGUCAUUCUCCCGAUCUGCGCUUCACAUUCAAAGAUGUGUCCGAGUCUCUUGUCUACAUGUAGCUGUUGAAUCUCUGGAGAAAUCAAAAUAACCAACGGAUGGGUGGCGAUCAGAAAACCAGGAGCCAGGAUUAAAGAUGCAUUUUAAAUGUCUCUGAAAAUAAAUAUAUACAAAUAUUUGUAUAUCAGAUUGAUUGUAUUUAUGAACUGUAGGCAGAAAGGUGUGUGUGUGAUCGUGUGUGUGUGUGUGUGUGUGCGCGCAUGGAGAGCAAUUAAUUUUUUUCUGAUGGGCUUUGACUAAAUAGAUCUAUGAUUGAUGACAUGACAAGAAUCAUAUUCUGAUCACUUGUAUUGGCUGCUUCUGCAUACAAAUAAAUCUUUAUCUAAAUUGUGAUCUGAGCUAGUUGUACUCUGAAUACUUUUUGACAUUUUGAUAGCUUACCAAUGUCCUUUAUUCAGUCGUUUGUCAUCCUAAAUGUCCGAUUCAAUAAUUUUGUCAAUUUAUAAGUUUGACGUCUGUAUAAUUUUUAAGGCACCUUCCUGUUUCUGAGGUGGUUGUUUGUUCGUGUUUUAAAACAACUCAUGUAAUUAAUGACAAAAACGCAUAAAGGGUAGAAAACAUGGUAAUAAAUGUAUUUUUUGCGCUCUGUAGCACUUUCAAAGAAA